AUGGGAAUGCUGAGUACACACAUCUACUCUGGACACUCUGAAGACGAUGCUGGAAAGGCAAAGGCUGUUCUGACCAUAUACCCCAAAUCCUCCCAGAUAUUCAGUGGAGAGUCUGUCACUCUCAAAUGUAACAUAUUGAGGGGAGAAGUCACUGACUGGGAAUACAUAUGGCGCAAGGAUGAUGUAGACACAAUCAAUAGGAAUCAUGAAUAUGAGAUCAGUGAGGUUAAGAUUUCAGACAAUGGUGACUACAGGUGUCUGGGUAAACAUAUUGAUAAUGGGACGCAUUCUAUGUGGAGUGAUGCAGUCAGACUGACAGUGACAGAUAAACCCCAAGCUGUCCUGAGUGUCUCUCCUCAGUGGCUGAACCCUGGAGACUCAGUUACUCUGAGCUGUGGAGUUAAAGAGUCAUCUACAGGCUGGAGGUUCUUCUGGUACCGAACUGUUCCCUACACAGCUGGGUUACUCUCCCUAUCAGACAGGUCCUACUCUGUAGAGCCUCUAUCUGGCAAUGGGACUAGUGAAGACUCCUACACUCUGAUCCCUGCUGGUCCUCGUCACACAGGAGGAUAUGUGUGUAGAGCUGGGAGAGGAGGCCCAGUCUAUGACACACUCUACAGUGAACCUAAUUUUCUCUGUGUUUCAGAUCCGCAACCAUCAGUGUCUCUCAAAAUAAGACCUAACAGAACUCAACACUUUACAUCAACGUCUCUCUCACUAAGCUGUGAGGAGAAGAGGAACUCUACUGGAUGGAGACUGAAGAGAUACAGAGAGAAAGCAGUGGAGUCAGAGUGUGUCUCUAACUGGGGAUCAAGAGCAGGGUCCACAUGUACCAUCAGGUACACAUACACAGGGGACAGUGGAGUGUACUGGUGUGAGUCUGGAUCAGGAGAGUACAGUAAUGCUGUCAACAUCACAGUGGAUGUUGGCAAUCUGAUCCUGGAGAGCCCUCCCUAUCCCAUAACUGAGGGAGAAUCUAUGACUCUCAGCUGUACAAAUAGAUAUCAGGAAACAAACCCGAACCCCAAGGUUUAUUUCUACAAAGAUGGAGUACUCAUCAGGAAUGAGACCACAGGAGAGAUGACCAUCCCUGCAGUUUCCAAGUCAGAUGAAGGCUUCUACAAGUGUAAAUCUAAUGAAGGAGAAUCACCAGAGAGCUGGGUGACAGUGAGAGGCGUAACUCCUGGACCCUCUACAUCAGUCCUAGUAGGAGUGGUUGUGGGCCUGGUUGUUGCUGGUGUUCUACUGGCCAUUCUCCUGGUACUGCUGUGUCGAUAUAAAAAAGCCGGAGCCCCAGAGGACCAACCUGGACCCCCAACAGGACCAAGGAUCUACCCAGGGCCGGGCUCCUGA